AUGUCUGGCUUUCUCGAGAAUGCCUAUAGUCUAGUCCACCAGGACAAUGCCGCUGAUGUGCCAAGCGUGUCCGACCUGCGCAUGCAGCUCGAGAAAGGCACAGACGAAACCAAGGUGGAAACUAUGAAGCAAAUCCUCACAAUAAUGCUCAAUGGCGAUCCGAUGCCGACUUUGCUCAUGCACAUCAUACGAUUCGUUAUGCCUUCAAAGCACAAGCCUCUCAAAAAGCUCCUGUACUUUUACUACGAAAUCUGCCCAAAGCUUGAUGCCAGUGGCAAACUGAAGCAGGAAAUGAUCUUGGUUUGCAAUGGCAUCCGAAAUGAUCUUCAGCACCCAAACGAGUAUAUCCGAGGGAAUACACUGCGCUUUCUCUGCAAGCUACGAGAACCGGAACUGAUUGAACCUUUACUCUCCUCAGCGCGAUCUUGUCUCGAGCAUCGUCAUGCUCAUGUCCGCAAGAAUGCUGUCUUUGCUGUCUCAUCUAUCUUCAUCCACUCGCCAUCAUUGAUUCCAGACGCUUCAGAGCUUCUGUCUGCAUUCAUUGAGAGUGAGACGGACGCCACAUGCAAACGCAACGCCUUUGCAGCUCUGGCAAGCAUCAACCACGAUGCCGCCCUUCUAUAUUUAAGUUCUGUCUUCGACGCCAUACCAAAUGCCGAGGAGCUUUUGCAACUAGUGGAGCUUGAGUUUAUACGCAAGGAUGCUAUCGAAAAUGGCCAAAACAAGGCUCGCUACUUGCGACUUAUUUUCGACCUGCUUGAAGCCGAUACCUCCACUGUUGUGUAUGAGGCUGCUUCUUCUUUAACGGCUUUAACGAACAAUCCUGUGGCUGUCAAAGCCGCUGCCACGAAAUUCAUCGAACUCAGCAUCAAGGAAGCCGAUAACAAUGUCAAACUUAUUGUGCUGGACCGUGUGAACCAGUUACGACAGAAGAAUGAAGGCGUCCUCAACGAUCUGGCGAUGGAAGUCCUACGAGUUCUUUCCAGUACAGAUAUUGAUGUACGCAAAAAAGCUCUCAAUAUUGCCCUAGACAUGGUGUCAAGCAAGAACGUGGAAGAACUCGUUCUCUUGCUCAAGAAAGAGUUGUCAAAGACGGUUGAUCAAGAGUACGAAAAGAAUGCUGAAUACCGGUCUCUUAUUAUACAUUCCAUCCAUCAAUGUGCCAUCAAGUUCUCUGAGGUUGCCUCGAAUGUGGUGGAACUUCUUAUGGACUUCAUUGCUGACUUCAACGCCGCCUCUGCCGUUGACGUCAUAAACUUUGUGAAGGAAGUCGUUGAGAAAUUUCCUUCACUACGGAAGACCAUCGUGGAACGCCUCGUCUCCACUCUCAGCGAAGUUCGUGCCGGAAAAGUUUACAGAGGCAUCAUGUGGAUUAUUGGCGAAUAUUCUUUGGAAGAAAAAGACAUACGGGAUGCCUGGAAGCGCAUAAGAGCUAGUCUUGGUGAGAUUCCAAUUCUUGCCUCUGAGCAACGCCUGUUUGAGGAACAAGACGGCGAGGAAAAGUUUGAAGAGCAGGUCAAUGGCAAUUCGAAGUCGACAGCACCGAGCGGCUCUCGGAAAGUGUUGGCCGAUGGUACAUAUGCAACGGAAACCGCCCUGACUAGUCUAUCUUCAGCGGCUGCCAAGCUGGAGGCCGUCAAAGCAGCACAAAAACCGCCACUGCGUCAGCUCAUUCUUGAUGGGGAUUAUUAUCUGGCCACUGUUCUAUCUUCUACAUUGGUGAAGCUCGUCAUGCGCCAUUCGGAAAUCUCUGCUGACGAAGCUCGCACGAAUGCUCUAAGAGCUGAAGCAAUGCUAAUAAUGAUUUCCAUCCUUCGUGUGGGACAAUCACAAUUUGUCAAGGCCCCGAUCGACGAGGACUCUAUCGAUCGAAUAAUGUCUUGCGUGCGAUCCCUUGCAGAAUUCGAGUCCAACAAGGAACUUGGGAAGGUCUGGCUGGACGACACAAGAAAGGCCUUCCGCGCUAUGGUGCAGGUAGAAGAGAAGAAGCGCGAGGCUAAAGAAGCCUUCAACAGAGCGAAAUCGGCUGUUCAAGUUGAUGACGUUGUUCAAAUUCGACAGUUAUCCAAGAAGAAUGUCAGUGACGGCCUUGACGGAAUAGAAAUGGACUUGGAGAGAGCAACGGGUGGCGAAGCAUCUACGGAGGACUUGUCUUCCAAACUGAGUCGUGUGGUGCAGCUCACCGGUUUCUCGGAUCCUGUUUAUGCCGAGGCUUACGUCAAGGUGCACCAAUUUGACAUCGUCCUUGACGUGCUCCUGGUCAACCAGACAACCGAAACACUGCAAAACUUGUCCGUCGAGUUUGCUACCUUGGGUGACUUGAAGGUUGUGGAGCGGCCGACAACGCAAAACCUAGGGCCUCAUGACUUCCAUAAUGUGCAAUGUACCAUCAAGGUCUCGUCGACAGACACCGGGGUUAUUUUCGGCAAUGUUGUGUACGAUGGCGCUCACUCUACUGAUACGAAUGUAGUCAUCUUGAACGACCUUCAUGUCGACAUUAUGGAUUACAUUCAACCAGCUACAUGUACCGAGACACAAUUCCGUACGAUGUGGACCGAGUUUGAAUGGGAGAACAAGGUCAACAUCAACUCAAAAGCUAAGUCUUUGCGAGAUUUCCUGGAUCAGCUUAUGGCCUGCACCAACAUGAAUUGCUUGACACCUGAAGCCAGUCUCAAAGGAGAUUGCCAGUUUUUAAGCGCCAAUCUCUACGCCAGAAGUGUCUUUGGCGAGGACGCCCUAGCAAAUCUCAGCAUCGAGAAGGAAGGCGAAGACGGGCCGAUCAUUGGGUUUGUGCGCAUCAGAAGCAGAUCUCAGGGUCUUGCGCUGAGUCUGGGGUCAUUGAAAGGGCUAAACAAAAUCGGGUCUUCGGCAUAG